GUAAAACAUUUAGUUGGGUCCAGACAGUUCAGAAGCAGCCGCACAAAUGGAACACAUCUCCUAACAAGUAAAUCCUGCAGUUACUGCGGAUGGAUAAUACACAGGACUUAUUGUCUUACAUUCAGCGCCAACUGCCAGGUGCACAGCUUUGACAGUCUGUGGGUAAACUGUCAUUAUGAAUAGAGAAGAUAUCAUUUUUCAAGCUCUCCUCUUGAUCCACAUCCCUGUGAUCUGCCUCUUCACUGCAGUGUCAGGCCAGUCUGACAGCAGCAGCAGUGUGGUGAUAGCAGGGUAUAAUGUGACUGCAACCUCUGGGUCAAACGUGGUUCUGCAGUGUAUGAGUGGACGCAUGGUGUGGACCAGGGACAGGCUGAGAGACAGACAGAGGGUGGUGCACUGGGACUUGUACCGGACCCGUCCAGAAUACUCCAUGGAGAGGGUCGUCGACAUGUAUUCUGCAGGGGAUCAGAGAAUCUACAACUCGUACAACCAGGGUAGGAUUGGCCUCAGCCCAGCUGCCUUCAGGGAUGGAAACUUCUCCUUGAUCAUCAAAGAUGUGACUAUGAAUGACAGAGGCCUGUACUCAUGUAACCUCCACCAUCUCUACUGCCACUUGUAUGAGACAAUCCGAGUACAACUCAACAUCACCAAAUCACGUCGUAAAGAGCAGCGCUUCUGGGAUGGGCAGAAGGCAGUGUAUGUGGUUCUGCUUGGUAGCACCGUCGUACUGCCGUGUAUCAAUCGGCGGAAUGUGUGGACAGACUGGACCACUGAGGAGGAGGACCAGCAGGUGGUCCACUGGGACCGUCAGGCUCCAGGAGUCCACCAUGAUCGUGCUGAUCGGCUGGUGGACCUGUAUGCCUCUGGAGAACAGCGCAGCUAUGGACCAGUAUUCCUCCAGAGGAAGAUGAACAUCAGCAAUCAAGCCUUCUCACAGGGAGACUUUUCACUUACCAUAUCAGAACUUCAGCCCACAGACCAGGGCCUGUAUUCCUGCCACCUCCACCACCAUUACUGUGGUCUGCAUGAGAGAAGGGAAUUCCAGCUCACAGUUGAAGCAGCUGUGACUGAGAGCACUGUGCCAGCUCACGCUCCGCCUGAUCAACACAAAGACACCACAAAGGCUGAAUCACCACAAGUCAUCAAUGUCAUUCUGCCAGACCACAAACACCACUUUCUGCUGCCGCUGGGCUACGUCCUCACCUCUUUCCUCCUCCUGGCUUUCAUCAUCCUCAUCAUCAUCAUCCUGAUCACACGCCAUCGAACAAAAGAGUUUGAUCUGCAGGCAGCCAUGAGGUCUAGCAGAAACCACAGCAGCUCAGAGGAGUUUGAGAUGGAAGUGACUGAGGUACAGAUGUGCACGUGGGAGGAGAGAUUCGAUUUCAAGAACAACCUGAUGAAAGAAAAAGCCCAUGUGAACACUCAGCCAAAGGUCAUUGAUCUGGAUGAAGAGAUGCAGAAAUUUUCUAAGUGAGAGGCUGUACAAACAACGGUGAAAGAGGAGUCACUGGCUGGUCCAGAGGCUGUGCUCCAAUCAAAACACAUCUGUCCGGGAAGGAGAUCCCACACAGAGAAGAAUGUAUAAAAAUAC